UCUCCUUUUCCCCCAUACCAUACCAUACCAUACCAUACCAUACAUACUUUUGUGCUUUAAUUCUGUCUUACUCUUCUUCCGUCCCACGGAGACGGAGGAGAUCUAGGCCUAGGCCUUUCGAGAUUUUAAAGUUUGCUCUCUCUCUCUCUCUCUCUCUCUCUCUCUCUCUCAUAUAAAUACAUGGACCGGAGACGAACCGAGAGUCCGGUCUACGUCCGUCAGUGGAGCAGCGAAUCGAGCGCCACCGCCGGCUCCUCGUCUCCGACAAUGUCGCCCUCUCGCCACCACCACUCUCGGUCGUCUUCCGCCACCGGCAUUUCUAACAUCAAGCGCACUCAGAACUUCGCCGCCAAAGCCGCCGCCCAGCGCCUCGCUCAGGUCAUGGCUUCUCAGGCCGCCGACAACGGCGACGAUGAUGAUGAUGACGAUGACGACGACCUCGACUUUGCAUUCGGUGCUCCUCUCCCUCCGUCGUUCACGAGGCCCUCCUCCAACACCUCUGUCAAUGGCAACAACACCAAGAAUAAGCCUGCGAUUCCUUCUACUAAGACCACUAGAUCUCCUUCUCCUUCGUCAGCUCGUAACUCUGUAGAGGAAACUCCUUCGGUUCACUCAACAUCAGCUGGAAGGCCGUCAUUGUCUAUUCGUACAACUCCAGCAUUACCGCCUAGUAGAACAUCGCUGAAGGCACCAAUUCCUAUACCACCAAUUGAUCCUCCCACUAAUAGGCAAACAGAGAAAAGAUUCUCAUCAGAUAUGGGGCAAUUGAACUUGAAAGAUACAGGAGAUCAACGGGAGGCUUCUGCCCUUCGUGAUGAACUUGAUAUGCUACAAGAAGAGAAUGAGAAUAUUCUUGAAAAGCUUAGGAUUGCAGAAGAGGGUUGUGACGAAGCAGAGGCUAGAGUUAGGGAGCUUGAGAAACAGGUAGCUGCUCUUGGAGAAGGAGUAUCUUUAGAAGCAAAAUUGUUGAGCAGGAAGGAAGCUGCAUUGCGUCAAAGAGAGGCUGCACUUAGAGAUGCAAAACAAACAAAAGAUGGGGUAGAUGAGGAAAUUGCCUCCCUCCGGUCUGAACUUAAGAAAGUGAAAACUGAGGCUACAGCUGCCGUAGACCAGCUUCAGGGAACUGAAUCUGAAGUUAGAGGUCUUCGUUCAAUGACACAAAGGAUGGUUUUAACCCAGAGUGAAAUGGAGGAAGUUGUUCUUAAGCGGUGUUGGCUUGCACGUUAUUGGGGUUUAGCUGCACGGCAUGGCAUCUGUGCAGAUAUUGCAGUGUCAAAACAUGAGUACUGGUCAUCUUUAGCACCUCUUCCUUUCGAAGUUGUUGUUUCUGCAGGGCAAAAGGCAAAAGAGGGAUGCUGGGAUAAAGGCGAUGAGAAUCCUGAGAGGAGCAAACUAGUUCAGGACUUGAACGAUCUUACUGGAGAAGGAAAUAUAGAGAGUAUGCUUUCAGUUGAAAUGGGCUUGAAGGAGCUUGCAUCAUUGAAGGUUGAGGAUGCCAUUGUGCUUGCAUUGGCACAACAGCGGCGUGCAAAUGCUGUUCGACUAUCUGGUUCAGACCUGAAGUCACCUGGUGAUCCAAAGUUUAUGGAUGCAUUUGAACUGAGCCCGGAAGAGUCUGAGGAUGUUCUUUUUAAGGAGGCAUGGCUUACAUAUUUUUGGGGAAGAGCCAAAGUCCAUGGUAUAGAAGAGGAGAUUGCCAAAAAGAGACUUCAGUUUUGGAUUAGCCGUAGUGCACACUCACCAUCCUCACAUGAUGCUGUUGAUGUUGAGCAAGGUUUGAUGGAGCUGAGGAAAUUGGGUAUUGAGCAACGACUCUGGGAAGCAUCCCGCAAAGAAAUUGAUCAGGAAUCUGCUGUUUCUAUUGCACAAAAAUAGGCCACGCAACCGAAAAAUUCUACUUCAUAGCUACUGCCUCAGAUGUUUGUAUCGUUGUUAUUGUUAUUAUUAUUUUAACUCAACACUCGUUUUUUAUCACAGGCCUCACACUCUCACAAGACAUAAGGUAUUUGUACUUGGAUGUAUACUUUUUUGGACACUUAUGAAAUGCUUAUAUUUUUGUCUCAAGGUGUAGGAUUGCCUAUCAAAAAUUUUUAGUUGAAUUUUUCAUUCAA